GCGAAAUGUCAUCUGAUUCCGUAAACGGGUAGUUUAAAAUAAUUUUAAAUGUCACUCAUGUCAGACGUUAAAUUAAGUGAAAACGUUAUAAAAACGUGUCACAGGAUUGUGCAAAAAUGGAGCUAUUUCGUACCGAAUCACAUUACAUUUUCGUAAAGGAGAGACAUAGUCUGUGGUGUGAAAAAUAUACUGGAGAACUCUCAGCAAAAUCUGAUUGGGAAUGGGCAAGUGCUAUCGAUUUAGAAUGCCUUGGAUUCUUUUACGGAAUUGUGGGAAAAAUCGAACAAGCCUCGGUUCUUGAACCUCGUUUGAUGCUAAUAAAAGAAGUUGCCCCCGUUGGAGAACUAUAUGGUGGACAUGUGGUGUAUAAAAUAAAAUCCAUAGCACUUUUAAAUUUAUUAUCCGAUAACAACGAUAUAGGAUUGCUUCCUUGCAAAAAACAUCAAAAUGUACCGAAAAAGAAAGGAAUGGGUGGCAUGUUUGACGUCUCUCAAAAAGCUGGUUUCGCCAAAACUUGGGGUACGAUUAAAAGUGCCACGAACACAAUUAAAAAUACGACACAACAAGCCGCUGCUCUUGCCACAUCUCAGGUGAAGUCAACAGUAACAAAGCGAAGCGGAGUGAAAGACAAGGAAAAAUUUGAAAAACGAAUUUUGGAAGAAUUAAAUAAAAUAUUCACAGAAACAGAUUCGUUUUUCUUCUGUCAAAGCGGAGAUAUCACGAAUUCUCUGCAAAGACUUUGUUUUAAAGAAUCGGAAGCAAACAAGGCGGAUAAAAAUCAACCUUUAUGGAAGAAUGUUGAUGACAGAUUUUUUUGGAAUAAACACAUGUUAUUAGAUAUAUUUAAUUUAAAGACAGAAAAGGCAGAUUGUUGGAUAUUGCCAAUAAUUCAGGGAUAUGUACAAAUUGAACAGUGUAAAGUAGAAGUAGGAUUCGACGUACAACCACAACAUGAAACUUUCAAUUUGGCGAUUAUAUCCAGGAGAAGUAGAUUCCGCGCUGGAACUAGAUACAAAAGACGUGGUGUGGAUGAAGAUGGAAAAUGUGCAAAUUAUGUUGAGACUGAACAAUUAGUUUGGUAUCACGAUCAUCAAGUUUCUUUCGUGCAAGUUCGUGGAAGCGUUCCAGUAUAUUGGUCUCAACCGGGUUAUAAAUAUAAACCCCCACCGCGAAUAGAUAAAGAUGAAGCAGAGACACAAGUUGCGUUUGAGAAACACUUCACCGAAGAGCUCAAUUGUUAUGGGCCUAUUUGUAUUGUUAAUCUAGUCGAGCAAGCUGGCAAGGAGAAAGUAAUUUGGGAAUCCUACUGUAAUCACGUACUUAAUUACAAUCAUCCUGAUCUCACAUAUGCUACUUUUGAUUUUCAUGAAUAUUGUCGUGGAAUGCAUUUCGAGAAUGUAUCGAUAUUGAUAGGCGCAUUGGCGAGUGUCGUGACUGACAUGGGCUAUUGCUGGCGAGAUAAACAGGGAAUGAUCUGUAUGCAAAAGGGAAUUUUCCGAGUAAAUUGCAUAGACUGCUUAGAUAGAACGAAUGUCGUUCAGACCGCAUUGGGAAAGGCUGUCAUGGAAAUUCAAUUUUCCAAAUUGGGUUUGAUUCCUCCUGACGGCACAUUGCCUGCGAAUAUUCGACAAACUUUUCAAUCACUCUGGGCUAAUAAUGGAGAUAUCAUCAGCAAACAAUACGCUGGAACAAAUGCUCUAAAAGGCGAUUAUACGAGAACUGGAGAACGAAAAUUCACUGGUUUAAUGAAAGAUGGAAUGAACUCUGCAAAUCGGUAUUAUUUGAAUAGAUUCAAGGACGUUUAUAGACAGUCAACAAUCGAUAUGAUGUUGGGUAAUCCAGUUAGCGAGGACAUAUUCCAAGAGCGCACUGAUGAAGAAGAUAAUGCAGCGACGGCAAUUCAUGUCAAGCUUUUAAUUGAAGAUUGUAAAAAGUUAUUAAUACCGGAUCUAGAUUCUGUUCUAGGAAGCUGGGGACUCAUUGACGCUGACCCAAUAACUGGCGAUCCUACGGAAACAGAAAUAGAUACGAUUCUCAUUUUAACACACGAUAGUUAUUAUGUUGCUGAUUAUGAUGAGCAAAUAGAUAAAGUUACCAAUUAUCAGAGAGUACCUUUGACUGACAUCGUUUUAAUGGAAUGCGGACAUCCUGAAAGCACUGUUUCUCUUUUUAAAAAUAAGCAGCACUAUUGCAUCAGAAUUCAUUACAAAUUAAAUAAUGACUAUGGAUAUUAUCACAUGUUUCGCAGUUCAAACUUGAGGUUUUUUAACAAUAUGGCAAUAGUGAUAAAAAGCGAGGAAGAAACUAUAGAAUCUUUGAAAGCGAUCGGGGAAGCAAUCACUGUAGCGAUGGAAAUAUCAGCUUUACCAAAAGUACCAAUAGCAAUGAAUGUAGCUUUAGACAAACGAAAGAGUAAAUUGGUUAAUUCAAAGGGUCACACUGGACUUUUGGAUAUUUCCACUUUUCCAGACUUGACACGAAACGUCUCGGAAACGCAAUUGUUAGCUCUAAAAAAUGCAGGAACAAAAGCCUUGAGCAAUGUGUCCGAACAAUUCAGCAAAUUAAAUAAAUUCGGCCACAGCAUCACUUCAAAGAAUCCAAUGAAUUUGGCGAAAAAUUUAAGUAACAAAAAAUCUGAUUCCAAUAAACCAACAUUUACCGUUGGCAGUCGUGACAUUGCGGGGAAUUCAACGAGAAAAUCAAACAACAGUAGCAGCAGUAAUAGCAGUAAUGAAAAUAUUGAACUGGUGCCCGUACGUUUUGAGAAGCCCGACAAUUUCGAGCACGACAAGAAACUCAUGGAAGGAUACACACCAGUCAUUGGAAUCAUAAUGGGCGUCAAGAACGACGCUCUCGUCGAGAAUGGCCAGCAAAAUCAACUAAAAAUGGAUAAUUCAAAUAAUGAUUCUAAUCUAGCGGAAAAGACAAAUCAGCAUCCCAUUGGUUUGAGUCUCAUUCCACAUUCACAAUCUGGCUCUCACAUUCUCGACAGAUGUGACGCUGGUAUAUUAGCAACAACGCCUGAAAUUACAAUCCAAGGUGUUGACACUGCUACUUAUGAAAAUACACCGUCGAGUUUGAAUCUUCCAAAGAACAUCAGUCACUCGUCGGGCGAGGUUGACGGUCAAGUGGUGUCGUCAACAACAUUGAAGGGCGCUUCAUUACAGGCGGAAGCGAAAUUAGAUAAGAAGCGAUCGACUUCGGAGCAAGAUUUAAUUUUGAGUAUAUCGUCAUCGCAGAGUGAGUCUGCUCUCAAAACGAUGAAGUCCGACAUUACCAGUCCCGCGACCGCAGCGGCGAAAGAUCUUUUCUCACCGUUCACCAAAUUGGCCAAGGGUGUGCAAAAUUUGGGCGCAAAUCUAGAUCCAAGAAAAUUGAAGUCGGGACAAUUGGGAAUGACGAGAAAUCUAUCCGAUCAUCAUUUGGAGCAACGGCAGAAACUUCAAGAGCGAUGGGUAAAGUGUAAAUCCAAAUUAAUAGCUCUCUAAAGAAAAUACGUCAGAGGUUUGUUAAAUAAUUCCUUUCUUCUCCAUACUUCUCGUUUUUAAUUGCAACGUGGCUAUAAUUUUUCGUGAGCAACGUGUGUAAAUAUUUCCUAGAUCGUAUUGGAAAAAUAGCAACAAAAAACACCAAGUUUUAAGAUAGUUUGGAAAAUUAGGAAUUUCGGAAUUGAAGAUUGUUUAUUCAUAUUAUACAACGAUUUUAAUUACAUUUCAGCAGGGUUGCCACAGGGUUCCCUGGAAUUCAGGGAAAAGUCAGGGAAAGUAGAAUUGAUCAGAGAAAUCAGGGAAAAGUCAGGGAUUUUUAGUAAAAGUAC